GCCACCAAGGUGAGUAGUUGUUUUUCUGCCUGUUGACAGUUCAGGGGUUUGCUAGGGCAUAUGUUUGGUGCAUUGGGGAUGGACUGGGACACUAAGGAACGAGGUUUGAGACGGAUGGAGAGGUCAUGAGGCGGAUGACAUGCACCAAAGAUGAUUGGCAACCUCGGACUGGACUCAACCUCCAGCAUUGUUUGGUUCGCAGCUGACGAGCCUUUCCUUUAUCCUGUUGUGCAUACCAUUCGCUGGUGACAGAUGAAAGUCGAAAUCGACUCGUUCUCGGGUUACAAAAUCUACCCUAGCAAGGGCCGCUUGUUUGUUCGCGCAGAUAGUAAGGUCUUUCGAUUUUCUAGGAGCAAGACCGAAUCACUCUUCCUUCAGCGGAAGAAUCCUCGCAAGAUUGCAUGGACGCAGGUUUAUCGUCGCAUGCACAAGAAGGGGUUGUCUGAGGAGACUACGAAACGUCGCACACGCCGCACAGUAAAACACCAAGGAGGCAUCGUCGGGGCGAACAUCCAAAAGCUCCUCAGCCAGUCUGCUGCCGAUCGCGAGAAACUUCGGAAACAAGCUAUUGCAAAGGCAAAGGCGGACAAGAAGGAGAAGGAAGCAAAGAAGGACAAGACAAAGGUACGACCCAAUGUCCCCACCGCUCCUAAGGUGUCGAAGCAGCAAAUGAAGGGAGGUAGAAGUGGUCGUUGAAGUUUCCGGCCUGCUCAGUUUCUUUACCUCAGUAUAUAUCAUCAUGCGAGUUAUGCAGCUUCAGUAGGCAAUGCUUAACAUGUUUCAUCCUCAGGAGUGAAGGUUGGAACAUGCCGCCAUGUCACUCGAGCUUUUCCGUAUGACCAUUUCAACUUAUGCUGUUGUAUCUGCUUGCAGCUUUUGAACCAAAUCAUCGCCCUACGGACACGAUUCGCAAGACUCUCAUUUCUGGCGAAUCAAAACUAAUUUAAUGUUUCUAAAGGAGGAACGGCUCCCGGUUACUGUCGUGCAGUCAGAACUGAUGUUCCUCUUGGCUAUCCGGAUUCAUGUUUACCGUAUUUCUUGCUUUGGUCUCG